CUGGUAUUGGUUGCCGUUCCCGUUUUAACUAACAAUGGUUCCGAGUAGAUAGGACGACCCUUCUCUUUAUUACCAUGCCAACUAAAUGAAAGAAAACCACCCGUAAUCUCAAAAUACUUCCAACUGACAGCCGUGAACCAGACUACUAGUGCGGUUCUCUCUUCAAAAUUCUCAUAAGACCUUCCGAAAGUACAGAGGAGACACAGAGACAUCUCAAAGCCCAGGGCGAGGGCGAGAUGGAAACCCUAAGCGCUUCUGCGACGGUCAUGCCUUCUUCUCCCUUAUCAAUCUUCUCUCCAAUGCGGAAUUUGUCCACAAGACAUCUUCGUUUCGCGAUCCCCUGCAAAAGUUUCGAGAACGAUGCCGAUAUCGGAUCCAAUUCAAACGUCAUUAAAAUCGUUCCUGUUCGCAACGAUCGAGUCUCCUUUUCCCCUCUUUCUAAGGAUGAGGCUAUGGGUUUGGUUCUGAGUGCGGCAAAUAGCAGGGGUUGGACGACUGGUUCAGGGAUGGAAGGACCCUCUGUUCCUGCUGGAUUUGAAAACGAAUCUAGCACAGAGAGGAUCUCCACCUUCCCUUGGUCCCUCUUCACCAAAUCGCCUCGUCGGAGGAUGCGUAUGGCCUUCACCUGCAACGUCUGUGGACAGAGAACCACUCGUGCCAUCAAUCCCCAUGCUUACACUGAUGGAACUGUCUUCGUGCAGUGCUGCAGAUGCAAUGUAUUUCAUAAGCUGGUCGAUAAUCUUAAUCUGUUCCACGACAUGAAGUGCUAUGUGAACCCAAGUUUCCGUUACAGAGAACCGGGUGGAGAGGUUGAUUUCAAGUUUCUGGACAUGGGUGACCGGGAUGAUGAUAUCUUCCCCAUCUUAUGAAGCGAAAGUUCAGAUUCAUGCGGUUACCUUGAGUUGUAGCAGGCACUGUAGAGAUUCAUUUGCGGCUUAUGGGGAUUCAACAGUGAUGAAUUGAGGUAAUUAACUUCAAUAAUUUUCUUUCUUUCAGAAAGAGAAAGGUGGGGUUUUUUUUCUGCCGGGGUCGCGGAUGAAGAUUUGGUGCGGAGCCACCCACCGCAGCUUCUGCCUGCUGUUGUUAGUGUUAUAAUCACCCAGCUAGGGUCGCAGAUGAACUGAUGGUGAUAAUAUGUAAGGAUUUGGAAGGGUAAAAAUGAGCUCUUUUUAGAGUUUUAAGUAGAAGGGUAAAAAUGUCAUUUUUCACUUUUUGUUAACUGUGUUACAAAUUAGGGGUGCGGUGGAUAUUAUUUUCAUUUUUAGGGGUCACUCCAAGUUAUUUUCAAUUUUAGGGGUGGUACUAGAUAAUUUCCCAAAUUUUAUGAUAAAAGUAUGUUUUCCAAAUUCAACUAGUUUUUUAUCAUCAACAUUGUAAGUUGGGCACUUUAAGUGAUAGAUGAGAGGAUCACUUGAAACAUAAAAUUCAGUUGAACCUUACAGGCUUUCCAUC